AUGAUCCACAACUGCAUUGACUGGGACGCCAUACCACUACGUUUCUUAACGAUAUCAUAUGGAGAUAAAAGGGUGGUGACGCAGAAGGGUCCAACAUCCAAAGUUCGUGAGUUCAAACUUCGCGCCUUGCGAGGACUAGCCUUCGAGGUAGAUAAAGAGGCGUGGGAAGAAGAGGGCUUAGUGUACCUUGUCUGCUGUCUGGACUCUGGAGGCACUACACACACUAGAGACACAAAAGAGUCAAAAAUCGAAGAACUUGGGCAAAACGCAGGGAGCUCCGACACUACCAGCGAGAGCAAUGACGAGGACGAGGAUGAUGACGAUGACGAUGACGAUGACGAUGACGAUGACGAUGACGAUGACGAUGACGAUGACGAUGACGAGGACGAGGACGAGGACGAGGACGAGGACGAGGACGAUGACGAGGACGAGGACGAGGACGAGGACGAGGACGAGGACGAGGACGAGGACGAGGACGAGGACGAUGACGAGGACGAGGACGAGGACGAUGACGAGGAUGAGGACGAGGACGAUGACGAGGACGAGGAUGAGGACGAGGACGAUGACGAGGACGAGGACGAGGACGAGGACGAGGACGAGGACGAGGACGAGGACGAGGACGAGGACGAGGACGAGGAUGAGGACGAGGACGAUGACGAGGACGAGGACGAGGACGAUGACAAAGCAAAAAACGACGAAGCUGCGGCCAUGACAUGUCAAACACGAUGA